AUGGAGGAGCCGUGUGGGGCGGACGGGCUGGCUGGGGGAGCCGCAGCCCCCCAGGAGCCCGGCGUGUCGGUGGAGGCGGUGGGCGCAGAGCCGCAGCCAGACCCCGGGGGGACGAUCCAGGUGCUGCGGGGGGAGCUGGCGGCCGCGCUGGCCGAGGUGGAGACGCUGCGAGCCGUGGCCACCGUGAGCGAGGGCACCAAGCAGGAGGCCGUGGCCGCCGUGCGGCGCCAGUGCCAGGAGGAGGUGGCCUCGCUGCAGGCCAUCCUCAAAGAAACCAUCAGCAGCUAUGAGGCGCGCCUGGAGGCCCUGCAGCAGGAGCAGCAUGGGGGGGGCUCAUGGGGGGGCCGGGAGCUGAGCCGCCUGCAGCAGCAGCGGACGCAGGGAAACCCCCUGGACUCGCUGGAGCGGCAGAUGGAGAAGGCGCAGGAGGACUCCGAGCGUCUGCGCAGCAUCGUGCUGCCCAUGGAGGAGGAGAUCGCCAAGCUCAAGAGCAAACUCUCCCGGGCCGAAGGGCUGAUCCAGGGGUUGCGGGGGCCUGAGGGCUCGCUCUGCGGCUCGUCGGAGUCCCUGCUGUCUGACGCGGAGGCUCCCAGCCGGGUGCCCCCUGCCCACCCUGGGGGAGAGGGGGAUGAAGGCUCCGGACCGGAGGGCGAGGAGGAACCGGGAGGGGGCCUGGCCUUCGCCCGCGGCUGCGACAGCGUCUCCAUCAUCUCCAUCGCCAGCUCCAGCGCUGGCUCCCCCCGGCCCCGGCGCCGGCCCAGCCCGGAGCACGAGGACACGGCCUCCCUGCUGUCCACUGGCACCCUGGUGCCCGAGAGCAUCUACCUGCCGCCCCCCGGCUUCCAGCUGGUGCCUGAUGGGGAGUGGACGCAACUGCAGCAGGAGGCCAGGCGUCACCAGGAGUCCCUGCAGCAGCUGAGCGAGCAGCUGGAGGCGGCGACACAGGAGAAGCUGGGACUGCAGGAGGCGCUGAGACGGAGCAGCGAGGACUGUGCCAAGCAGGUGCUGGUGCUGCUGGAUCAGAUCCAGAACUCGGAGCAGCUGCUGCAGAACCUGCAGGCGACCGUGUCCCAGACCCAGCACCGGACCCAGGAGCAGAUAGCCGACCUGGCGUCAUCUCACAAGCGACUCAGCUACGAGGUGCAGCGGCUGAGCGAGGAGAACGAGGGGCUGCGAGGGUCCCGGCCGCCCCCGACCCCUGCUGAAGAGCCACCACUGCCGAGCUCCGUGCAGGAGCUGCAGGCCCUGGUGCGCCGGCUGCAGGAAGAGGCCGGGACCCUGCGCCGAGCCAGCGAGCACCAUAGCGAGCGGCUGCGCAUUGAGAUCGUCACACUGCGUGAGCGGCUAGACGAGGAGGAGGCUGCCCGGGCCCGGCUGCAGGGGGUUCUGGAGGCCCAGCUGGGGGCCCAGCGCGAGGAGAGCCAGCUCAUGGAGGCCUCCCUGUGCAGCGUCCGGUCGGAGAUGGAGCGGCUACAGCAGCAGCUGGGACAGGCAGAGCAGCGGGCGCAGGUGCUGGAGCAGGACAUGCAGCGGCUCCAGGGGGACCUGACCCAGCGCGACCAGCAGGGCCAGGCCUGGGAACAGGAGAAGGCCAGGCUGGAGGCAGCGCUGUCCGAGCAGCGGGGGAAGCUGCAGCGGUUGCAGGCGGAGCUGGACACCAGUGAGCAGGUGCAGAGAGACUUUGUCCGCCUCUCGCAGACUCUGCAGGUGCAGCUGGAGCGGAUCCGCCAGGCCCCCUCGCUGGAGCAGGUGCGCAGCAUUGUGGACGGGACGCGGCUGAAGGAUGUAGCAGAUCUCAAGGAGCCCUGA